AUGCUCACUACCCCAGCCCCAGAAGGAGCAUUGCUAUCUGAUUCUAGUUCUGAAGGAUUUCUUGAGAACUCUGGUGUGCCAUUGAAAGCCAUUGUUGAAGGAAUGGAAAUAGAGGUGAUAAAGGAAUUAGGAAAGGAGUUGGUUAUAGAGGACAAUCAUGAAGCUAGAAAGGAGACAGGGGGAUGCAAUUCAGAACCUGGAAAAGAGAAAGUGGAGAUCAUACAAAUAUGCAGUGAUGACUUUUUCAAUGGGGUGAAAUUCAAGAGGCAGGAAGAGGAGAGUAGUCCUUGGGGAGUUUCUAUUUAUCUGAGUAUGGUUAAAGCUAUAAAAGAACAGCAGUGGCAGUUCUUAGAACAAGAAAGAAUCAAAUGGGCUAAGAUGGGGAUGUAUGAGAUUAGAGGAGAAGGUUAUCAUUUUUCUUCGGGUAAUAAUAGGGUAGAGGAAGGAUUUGUAGAAGAAAGAUUGGACAGGGCUUUCUGUUCCUUUGAGUGGUGGGACCAAUAUCCAAAUGCAUCAUCUUUGAACAUUAUUAGAACGAUCUCAGAUCAUUCUUUCCUUUUGCUAAAUAUUGGAGAAGGAAAGGAAAAAAAAAACAUAAGAGAUUCCAGAUUGAUUAAAGAUGGUUAA